CGGGGCCAGGUGCGCUCGGGCGGCUCCGACCUGCGCGGCCGCCGCUGGGCCCGGCCGCGGUGCGGGUGCGGGUGCGGGGCGAGGAUGAAGAAGCAGCACGCCAUGCAGGGCACCUUCAGCAGGCUCUUCGGCAGGAAGCACGCCCAGGGCGCCGACACCUCGCUCUUCGCCACCAACCCGCCCUGGAUCUUCACCCAGGAGGUCUCCUCCGAGAGCGCCGGUGGCACCGGUGACGUGAUCGAGGUGUACUAUGGCGACAACCGCUUCGGUACCAUGACCGACUCCGGCACCGCGACGCUUAAACCUCGCCCGAGAGUGCGGCCGCUGCUGACCUUCCUGCCGCUCAGCGCCCAGGAAUCCCAUGGGGUGGCUGUGCCAACGCCGUCCGUGCCUGAAGACUUUGCAGAAAAAGCAGCUCUGGGCCCCGGCUCCCGGCUGAACGGGAGCUACCGGAUGUGCAGCUCGGUCGGAGACCUGCGCCCGCAGGCAGCGGAGGGGCAGUACCCGGACGAGGACAUCCCCCCGCCGCCGUCGGUGCCCCCGCCGCCCCCGCCAGCCCCCCCGCCGCCCCUGGGGGCACCCGCCGUGCCGGCGCCGCUGGAGAUAGAGGUGCCCCCGCCGCCCGCGGCAGCAGCCCCCCCGCCGCCCGCCUGUGCCACCUCCCCGGGCACGCCGGCCCCCCCGGACUUCGUCCCCCCCGCACCGCCCUUCUCCGCGGGCAUCUCCAAAUGGAAGUCGGAGACCGGGCUCAGCGCAAGGCAGGCGGAGGCGGAGGUGGAGGGGCCGGCGCGCCCCACCAGCGCCGAGGCCGGGGGGCCGGCAGCCCCCGCCCUGGAGAGCCUGCAGCGCCCCGAGCCGCACCUGACCUUCCCCCGCUCCUUCAAAGUGCCCCCGCCGGCCCCAGCCAGGUCCUCCUCCAUCCCGGCGCAGGAGCCGGACGCCCCGGGGAAGGAGGGGGCCCCCCCCCGGCAGCCUCGCGCCCGGCCGCCGCUCCCGCCGUGCUUCACCCCGCGAGCGGAGGCCGAGGCGCCCGCGGCGGGAGACGCCGGGCCGAGCGGUGCCGCGUCGAGGCAGCCUGCGGCAGAGCCCGCCGCGCUGCUUGCUCGGCCCCCAAGCCCGAGGCCGGGCUUAGCGCCCGGUGCUGGGGCCGGUCCUGCUGGUCGCCAGCCCCCGCCACCAGAUUCGGGCUCGGACGCGGUUCCCCCGUCGAGAAAGGGCGAGAACGACCCGUCUCCAAAGUCUGGAUUUCCUCCUGCGAACGACCGGGACCUCCCCGCUGCAGACCUCGAGGGCUGGAAGGAGGCCGGCGCCCUGGACAGGCUGAGGCACGAACUCGUGGCCCUGCUGUCCCCUGCCAGGCGGGAGGAGCGGCGGGUGCAGAGAGCAGUGACUCCCUGGCCCCCGAGCAGCGAUGCGGAUCGUGCUGGCGGCGACGGGAUCCGCUCUGAUGGGUCCAGGCCCGCUAAACCCGCUGGGAAGGACUCGCGGCUGCCCGAGGGAGGAGCGAGCGAGACGAGAGAGGCCCGUAUCAGCGCAGCCUCCGCCAGCGAGGGCUCCUCCGACGUGGCGCUUCCAGCUCCGGAGAGCAAACCCGCCAGCUCGCAGCCCAGCAGCGUUAUGAAAAUCAGGAGCGAGCUGGAGGCCGUGCUGUCGCUGAAGAAAGAAGGAAGGCCUCCCCUGGGGCCUGGCAGCCAGAAGCAGAGUCCGGAGGGCGGCAGUGGCUCCCUGCUGCCAAAACCUGCUCCGGGUCAGCUCCAGCCCCUCGCUGCGGCGGCAGAGGAGAAGGUGCAGGAGGAUCCCCAGGUGCCUGGUGCCCCGUCCGUCGGUGACGCUCUGGAGGAUGCGGACCCCGUUCCCAAGCCCACGUCCCCCAGCAGCAGCCUGAGCGCCCCGGAGCAGCCCCAGAGAGGGGGGGACGAGCCCCCGGUCUCAGCCGCCUCUUCAGAGAGGCCUUCGCCCGCGCGAAGCCCCGCGCCGCAGGCCGACGCGUCGCUGCUCCGGUACAAAACCCACCGGGCUGGGGCCGGGGCCGGGGCCGACUCGGCGGGCUGCCUGCGUGCUGCGCGCGGGGGCGAGAACGGCGACGGGGGCGGCGUGGACGGAGGCCCCGCUGGGAGCGUGCCCGUGCCCUCGGAGCCGCCGGGCUGCCCGAGCGCGGGCCCCGAUGACGUGCUGACCCACCCCGUCACGGGCGAGAGGGUGGAGAAGGGGUCCCCCAUGGCCCUGCUCCUGGCCGCGAGGCAGCGGGCGCAGAGGGGCCGGCGCGGCGGCGGCACGGGCGAGAAGCCGCGGGUCCAGGGGCCUGCGAAACUCGGCGCCGCCGUGCUGGAAACGGCCUCCACCAGCUCCUACGGCCACGAGUCCAAGCCUCGCUCCUUCACGGUGGUGCCCCGGUCCCCCCGCGCGGCCGCCGGGCCCCGGGCAGGCGAGGAGCUGCCCCGGAGGAGCUCCGCGCUCGCCGGCGGUGCCGCGGGCUCGGCCGGGUGCGGGCGGGGGCUGCCGUCCUUCUCCAGCUCUCCCGAGCAAGGCGGGGCGGCGCAGAGGCCGAGCGCGGAGGAUCGCCCGGGCUUCGCGCGGCUCCGGAGGGCGGCCGCCUCCAGCCUGGUGCGAGGCCUCCUGGGCCCCGGCCAGCCGGAGCAUCCGGAGCCGCCCGACGGCAGCGCGUCUCCGCCCCGCGGUCGGGCGUCCCCCAAGGAAGAGGAGAACGGGGAGAUGCUGGAUUACGAAAUUAUCCCCCCGCCGCCGGAGUUCAGCAACGAGGCGGAGGAUGCGGAGGACGCUGCUCGGAGCAGGGACGCCGACCACGAGUGUCCCGGCUUCCCCGACUGCAGCCGGACCCCGGAAAAGCCGCCGUACUUCAGGUGGCCCAGCCGCGGCUACGAGAGGAGCUACGAUCCCCCUUCCCAGGGGCCCUCGGAGAAAAGCAGGAGGAAUAGCGACUUCGCCCCUCCGUUCCCAGACCGCGGCACCUCCGCGAGUUACUCCGGCCGCUACCCCAGCGCCCGCCCGCUGAUCAAAAAGCGUCUGUACGUGUCCGAGCCCGAGCGCUCCUACCCGCGAGCAGCCGCGGCCUCCCGGGGCAUCGGCACGCUGGCGUCCGGCGGGUUCCCCUCCCCGGCGGCGGAGGGGACGCGCCGGGCCGGCCCUGCCCAGCGGAGCAUCCCGGGGAGCGCCCGGGGCAGGCGGGCGGCCGCGGAAGCGCCCGGGAAAGCGGCGUCUUACGGCGGCGACGCCAAGUACCAGGGGCAGAACGGGGACUCUUCGCCCGGCGGCGCGGCGGCAGCCAGCAGACCCGCCCGUGGCAGCGCGCAGCACAGCGGACCCACGAACACCUUCACGGUCAGGCCUGGGGCGCGGCAGCCCAUCUCCUACGCGUACCAGAGCGGGCACCGAUAGGCUCGCGCGCAUCGCCCCGCCGCCGCCUUCGCCUUCGCGCUGGGACGUGUCGGAGCCUGCCCGGGCCGAUCUUCCCCUCCGUGGGCACCGGGACCUGCCCCGGCCCGGGCUUGCGAACGCCGCUUGCAAACUACCGACGGCGAAGGCGGGGAGCGAGUCUGGGGCUUGGACUCUUCUCAAGACUGUCACGGAGCGCGGUUACUGCGGAGGAGCAGCUGCUGUGGUCUUACGUGAGCAAACACGUUUUUCUUUCUCCUUGCCCCCACCCCAAAGUGUUAUUUUCAGAACUGCAGCCUAAUAGGUCUUCUAAGAAGCGAGCAAAGAAGCAUCCUUGGCUCUCCUCAGAGCGUAACCAGUGAGGAGGGUUUUGUUUAACUGGUUUGAAUGCAGCGUGCUUGGGAGCAGGGAGAACCCAGCUGCAGGACGUGCAUGAUGGAAGCAAACCAGCCUGUGUCCGAGUCUGGGGGAGUUUUAAGUAAUAUGUGAGGCCGACCGGACAGGGAAUGGUGGAGGACGUCCAGAGUUUCACCUCUGCUGCCACCGCCUCCCUCGACAGCCGGAGCGACCGGGUCACGCUGACGUCCCGCGCGGCUCCCGGCUGUCGGCGCGUCCUGGCAGCGGGUCGGCCGCGGGCUGGAGGCGCUUCCUCGGCUCCGGCGCGGUGCCCGCGGCACCGGUGUGCGGGGUGCGGCCCCUGCUUUGCUGCGCCAUCACCUCUGGCUGGUUCUUUGCUGGUUGCUCAUCGCGGAGGAAUGCUGCGAGGCCUGGGCGGGUGCUUGCGCAGCACUGGGCAUAUACGACAUGCGAUUUUUUUUUUUUUUUCCCUUUGUCAGAGCUCAUGGGUACGGUCGUGACUUGCAGAACUAUGCUGCCGUAGCUGUGGUUUUAGUUUGUCUAGCUAGGGGAACUGGGAAGCUAAAUUUUUAGUGCAACUGUAAAGUGUCUGACGCUCUUGGUGUAUGAAGUGCCUUUGGCGGGAUGCUAACAGCCAAGAGAAGCAUCCUUGGCCAUUUCCAGGGUUCCCAUCGGCUGCACGCCGGUCGGGCGGGAGCGCGUGCUGCCCUGGCUCCGCUCGCUGCUGGGGCACGUGCUGGCCUGCAGCAGCCGGUAGCGGCUGCCCUGUGCGACGGGGAGGCGAGAGCAGUCCCGAAGACGUUCUGUGCUGCGGAGAGAGCGGUACAGCCUCGUCUUAACGGACCAAGGUUUCGAACAGCGAGCGCUCUGAAAUUGGGAUCAAACGUAGUGUUCCUCCUAAGUAAACUUGCCAAAAAACAAUGUAAGAUAAAUGUAAAAACUUGUAGAGAAUAUUUUUAGUCGCUGACAAACUAAAAGCACUUUGAGACGUUAGUCUACUCUUUCUGAAAGCACUUUUUCCACUAUUAUACAAUUAGUUCCACUCAAGCUUAUCCCAUGUUUGUGCUUGUAGCGAGACUUUGCUCUAUGAUUUAACUCAAAAUGCAGUGAUAAAUCUUCCUUGGCGGUGCAAUUUUCAGACAAUUAUCUUGAUAUUAAUGUCAUGAUGCUGAAAUUCUAAGCUUUACAUUAUUUCCAACUCUAAUUACCUAAUAAUUUAACAGCUGUUUCAAAUGUUGCAUAGACUUCAAAGUAUUCUGAACUUUACUUUGCUCUGGAUAAAAUGAGAACACAAAUACCAUAAUAGGUCUAAUAGCUCAAUUCAAAUGGCAUUUUCAUGCCAGUAAGUUACAGCAGCUUGGAAUAUUUCCAAACGUGCUCUCUCCAGCCAGUAUUGAAAUAACAUGUUUUAAAUACCUGGGUGUUGGUUUACAAAAAAACUACGGAGAAAAGAAUGCAGUGGAAGGAGCAGCGUUGUGGCUGUUUGUGUGCCAGUGCCAUGAACUUGCAGCCCUUAAACCGUGGAAGUUCCCGCAGGUGAGGGGCUGCCUUGGAUCCUUAUUUACAUGUGGAGACGGAGACGUGACCCUGUUCGGGCAGCUUCAGGGCUGUGCUUUAGUACUGGAUGAAACUUCACCAGUUUCACUUUAAGAACAAACAAAACCCUGCAACUACCUCCCUGAAGUACUGCAAUCUGAUCUGGUUUCUUUGGUUCCGGAUACAAUUUUUUGCAAAAUGAGGAAUUAGAGCUAGAAUGUGAUCCCGAAAAGCACAGUCUUCAAUUUAAAGAGUUGUUGGAAACUUCAGCCUCAGAAACUGACUGUCCACAAGUGGUUUUCCUGGGUUUGUGGGGGCUCUCUACCUCGGGUUACAAAUUCCCCUCAUUUUGAGCGUAUCCCCUACACGUUUCAUUUCUUCAGAGCAAAACGUGAAGCUCUGAUGCUGGCACUUGCUCCGGAUUUCAUGUUUACUAUUUCACGCAGACAUACACAAUUCGUAUGUGGUUGUAAUACUGUGUUACAUAGUGUGGAGUGUCCUGUUUCUAGCAGGUGUAUAUUUAUAGUAAACACUAGAAGCAGGAUAAUGUAAGUCGGUUUUAUGAAAUAGCCCUUGUUCAUUUGAAGAACCCCCGUUCUGGGAACGCGUAGCAGCCCGAGCUGUAACCAGUCCAGGUGGGACUGUUCAGUUGUUGAACUGGUUAACGCGAACGUCUGAAGCGGCGAAGCAGCCUGUUCUGCGGAUGUUUCGGGCAAGCCCUGCUUCCUCCGAACGUAAUAGCAAAAUCCUGGUGUUUUUGGUAACAACUAGGCGUUUCGGCCAGGGCUGUUGGAACUGUUCAUGUUACAAAGAAAUCGCCGGCAGAGUUGUCGGCAGCCAAAGCACUUAGAGCAAAAUCUGUACUGCUGAGGAAGAGCGAGUCCUCGGAGCUGCAGGGACGGUGGGGAAGAGCUCCCUCUUCCCUGGCCAGGUGACUUGUCAGGACUGCGCAGAGGUAAACUCUGCUCUGGCUCUUUUCUUCUCCUCCCCAGCUCUAUUUCACUACCUAAGUUUAGCAGUAGAGGAGGGAGAGACGCAGGUGUGACAACAGAGCACAGCCAUCUACCCUAUAGCUCAGCCGCGGUGCUGAAAGCUGUUUUGAAACCUGACAAUGAAACUCUUCUAACGUUUCAGCCCUCGACAGUUAGGUCAUUCACGUCUUGAUACAGCUUAAACUAUCCCCUGCAGCUGCCUCUUCCUCAAAAGUACCUGCUAAUGUAGUGUAACCGAUAGCUUUACUUGUAAAGUGUGUUAACAAAGUCUCUUAUUUAUGAGUGCCAUGGAACAUCAACCUUCUUGCAUUAAAUAUGUCUGGACAUAUUGUUUUA